GAAUGCGUGCAGAAAUCGGACGGGGAAGAGACGAGCAGCAGUGGCUCGGCGCGAGUGCUGCAAGAUUGCGCCACCCGCACAUCGUCCCGCCCGGCUUCGGCUUGAGCAGCGCAAUCGGUCUCGUCCCGGCCGAAUGGAUUCUCCCAUGUUUCGAUGAAAGGUGGUGCAGGUGGAGGUGGGGGUGCCAGUGGUUCCGAUUAGGCAGACCUUUCGUUUUCUCGGGCCGGAGCCGUGGAUCGUACGAGGAGGCGGCAGGCGACGGUGGCCGAGAUUGAUCGAGUGGCAAAAUGCAGGGAGGAGGGAGUGGUAGUAGUGGCGCAGGAGGAGCGGUCGGUGGAGGAUUAGUAGCAGCUGGUGCAGUCGGAGCUCAAUUUCUGAGUCCUGUGGGUGGGGGUUCAGGGCCGAUUGCACCAGCAGGAGGUGGAGGAGGAGGAGCAGUAGGAGGAGGUGUGGCCGGCCCAGUCCAGCAGCAGCAACAACAACAACAACAACAGCAGCAGCAGCAGAGCGGUGGAGGUAUUGGAGCGCCAGCCGCUGGUGGAAAUGCGUCUGGAGGGGCUAAGCGUGGGCGAGGGAGGCCGAUGCCUGGAGCCGGCACUGGUGGGGUAUCGGCGUAUAAAAUUGGAGAAGCAGCGCCGGCUCCCCGCAGGAAGAAGCGGAAGGCUCCAGAGAAGCAGAUUCCCGAUAGGGUUGCUGCCUUGCUGCCAGAAUCGGCUUUGUACUCGCAGCUGCUAGAGUUCGAGGCGCGUGUAGAUGCCGCAUUGGCAAGAAAGAAGAUGGAUAUCCAGGAUGCGGUGCGCGCUCCGGCUCGACUCUUGCGCACCCUUCGUAUUUACGUCUUCAACACGUAUGCCAAUCAGGCGAACUCCGCCUCCCCCAUGGAGAUGCAAAACCCGUACAUGCGGGAACCACCAUCUUGGACUCUCCGUAUCAUGGGCCGUAUCUUGGAGGAUAGCAGCGAGCCAGAGAAUCAGCCGCAAUCCGCUCAACAGUUUCAGGCUCUUAAAAACCAUAAGUUCUCCUCCUUUUUCAGGAGGGUGACAUUCCAGUUGGACCGGAAUUUGUACCAUGACAAUCACACCAUUGUUUGGGACGUUACGAAGGCUGGUCCUCACGUAGAAGGUUUUGAAAUUAAACGAAAAGGUGAUCAGGAGUUCAAGGUGUACAUAAGGUUGGAAAUGAAUUACUCCCCCGAGAGGUUCAAGCUCUCGGCAGCCCUGGCAGAGAUGCUCGGAAUGGAAGUCGAAACGAGGCCGCGGAUUAUCGCAGCUCUCUGGCAAUACAUCAAAGCCAAGAAAUUGCAAAGCUCCGCUGAUCCGACUAUUGUGAAUUGCGAUCCUCCCCUUCAGAAAAUUUUGGGAGACGAGAAGAUCAAAUUUGCCUACAUUUCAAACAAGCUCCAGCAGCAUCUUUCUGCUCCUCCUCCUAUUGUGUUGGAACACUCAAUCAAAUUGUCAGGGAAAAUGCCUGUUGGGAAUGCGUGCUACGAUGUCCAGGUGGAUAUCCCAGCUCCUCUGCACAAGGAGAUGAACAAUUUUCUCCAAAACAUUGAGAAGCAUCGAGACAUUGACAUGUACGACGACUUGAUAUGUACUGCUAUCAGUAAAAUUAAUGAGCACCGACGACGUCGAGCCUUUUUCCUUGGUUUUAGCCACUCCCCGGUCGAUUUUAUCAACGGGUUGAUCGCCUCUCAAAGUCGGGAUUUGAAAAUGGUGGGCGGGCAGGCGAGUCGCAACGCAGAGAAGGAGCGUCGGUCUGAUUUCUACAAUCAGCCUUGGGUGGAGGAUGCCGUUAUUCGAUACCUGAAUCGAAAGCCAGCAAAGACGACGGAAGCUCCGGGGACCACCUAGGAGGCUCGUUGGAGCAGUUUAUAUAGCAGGACGUUGGAUGUCUGAAUUGUAGACAACUAGAAGCAGAACUCUUCGACUGAAGGAAAUUAAGAUUGCUAAGGCGUCAAGAUUAGCGCACGCUGAUUUCAACCAGAUAAUUUAUUGUAAACUUGUUGGAGUACCUUGCAGCUCAAUGACAUUGAUGUAUAUAUAAAAUGUCCAAUCAGGACGUGAAACGAUCAUUCAGAACAAAAUGAAAGUGCUUUUUGGCAUCUCGAUAUGUUGAAGGUCAGAUAUAGAAGCAGCUAAAUUAGCCGAGGCGAUCUACAUCGGAAUUUCUUCUAGGACAAGCACAAGGAUGGGAUGCUUCUUUUUAUGUGGAGAGCGUCAUUUAUGUCGUUUAUUUUCCAGCAUCGGGUCGGCACGCCGAAGAUCCAACGCUACAUGGGUUCUGUCUCUCUAUUGUGUUCAGGGACAUUGAGAUAAUGUCUGAACUCAAUGAAAUUUGGCUAAGUUCUUGAAGGCCGUCUGCAGACUUGCAGGUUUAUCAACUCCACUAUCUGCUCGCUUCAUAUCUGUCCUCCUUCAAGUUAGACGAGCUUCUACUCUCCAUAUCGUUGCCGGGAUGUUGUGACUCAAGAAAAUCUGACAUCAGAGUACACUUCAGCCUCGCUUUAUUGAUUUGAUGGACACGAAAUAUCCAGGACUCCUUGGAGUUCAUUGCGAUGGUGAAGGGCCGCGUUGAUUUCGAAGGCUUGCUUGCAAUCAGUUAGCCAGCUAAGACAGGAUGGGAUCACAAAAGAAGUGGAGCAAACUGGAUAAUAAACAAGAGGGGAUGUCCCCGAAACAACGCACACAGCUAUGCGACCGAUCGGAAACCACCAGAGGAACGGUUCUGUAGGGGUCUAGACCCAUAGGGUCAAAGUGAAACAAAGAACUAAGGUGAAGUCUUAAAUUAUACGGUUCCGUAAGUUUCUGCCCCACGCAAGGCAGCCAUUUUCAUACGAUGAAACGGAUCAUCCAGUCACUGACAUGUGGCUUUCGGAAUGAUAGCAUUUCUACCAAUGGGUAAACAUUUUACUUCAAAUUUGUACCCAAAACAACACCCAUGAGCAUCCAUGCUUUUCAAAAUUUCGGCCAUGUAUUGAGUGAUGCGUAUUGCCCGUGCACACGAAGUUGGAUACGAAAAUCAGAAGGUAUUAUACUGCUGCAAGCUUCAGCCCGGAGCACUUCUUGUCUAGGGUAUUCCUUGCAUUAGAGAAGUUUAAAUCCGGUGUGGAGUUGGUUGAGGGCAUGUUGAAAACCUUAGGCGCUACUCGUGACAUGAUGGGAAAUGUGAAGUUGGCUUUCACAACAAGAGAAUAUUGAAUUUAGCAGUGGUAACUCCAAUCAUUGAAAAUGUUG